AUGCUUCGUACCAAGGCAGAGGCGGCAGAAGUGGUGGUCGAUCGAGCGCAGGCGGCAGAGGCGGGAGAUCGAGCGGACGAGGUGGCGGCGGCCGAUUUAACACCAACAACGACGGCGCGCAAAAGCGCGAACACGGGACGCAGCGAGGCCCGAAUCCGCCACACAAAAGGCGGGAAUCCGAGGAAGGGCGAGAAAGAGGAGGCAGAGGACAAGGAGGACAAGAAAGAGUGA